AGGGGCGGGGCGAGCUUGCCUGCCAGAAGCUACUCUCCUAGCCUGCGAGCAUUUCCAGGCUCUUGUUUCCCGUCAGCCUCUGGGUCCAAACUAACUACGGGUCUCCGGGUCCUUUUCCGGUGUCCUUAAGGUUCUUGGACUCUGCAUGGUUCCCUUUAGCCUGUCUUCGGGCCUGCCACAAUUAAAUGACCGCAAGAAAGAAGUCUAUGCUAAGCCCCAUAAUGAACGUUUCAAGCAAAAAGGAUGAGAAGUUUAGAUCUGGAAGUGUCCGCGGGACAGGAUCUUGUCAAGACCUGAUGGGGAAGUUCUAGAGGUGGGAUUCCUAGAAGAGGCGCCUCUAGGAGCUCUUGGGUGUGCUGCCAGGUUGCCAGAUUUCUAAGAAGGAGUUUGAAGAGGAGAAAAGGAUUUUUGCAUGUUUAGAAAUCAAGGUUCAGGAGAAUCUUGACAGUGAACGUGUCUCAUUACGUUGAAUAACAGCUACAGGAUGUUCAAGAGCUGUUCUGGCUUUUCUGGAUUCUCUGCUUCACCAAUAGAGGAAUCCCAUGGAGCAUUAAUUAGUUCUUGCAAUUCCAGAACCAUGACUGAUGGGUUGGUGACAUUCAGGGAUGUGGCCAUCGACUUCUCUCAGGAGGAGUGGGAAUGCCUGGACCCUGCUCAGAGGGACUUGUACGUGGAUGUAAUGUUGGAGAACUAUAGUAACUUGGUGUCACUGGAUUUGGAGUCAACAACAUAUGAGACCAAAAAAAUGUUUUCAGAAAAGGAUAUUUUUGAAAUAAGUUUUUCCCAAUGGGAGAUGAAGGAAAAAAGUAAAACCAUUGGCCUUGAGGCAUCCAUCUUCAGAAAUAAUUGGAAGUGCAAAAGCAUAUUCGAGGGACUAAAAGGACAUCAAGAGGGAUACUUCAGUCAAAUGAUAAUCAGCUAUGAAAAAAUACCCUCUUACAGAAAAAGUAAAUCUAUUACUCCACAUCAAAUAAUUCAUAAUACAGAGAAAUCAUAUGUUUGUAAGGAAUGUGGGAAGGCUUGCAGUCAUGGCUCAAAACUUGUUCAGCACGAGAGAACUCAUACAGCUGAAAAACACUUCGAAUGUAAAGAAUGUGGGAAGAAUUAUUUAAGUGCCUAUCAACUCAAUGUGCAUCAGAGAUUUCAUACUGGUGAGAAACCCUAUGAGUGUAAGGAAUGUGGGAAGACCUUUAGUUGGGGGUCAAGCCUUGUUAAACAUGAGAGAAUUCACACUGGUGAGAAACCCUAUGAAUGUAAAGAAUGUGGGAAGGCCUUUAGUCGUGGCUAUCACCUUACUCAACAUCAGAAAAUUCAUAUUGGUGUGAAAUCUUAUAAAUGUAAGGAAUGUGGGAAGGCCUUUUUUUGGGGCUCAAGCCUUGCUAAACAUGAGAUAAUUCAUACAGGUGAGAAACCUUAUAAAUGUAAAGAAUGUGGGAAGGCCUUCAGUCGUGGCUAUCAACUUACUCAGCAUCAGAAAAUCCAUACUGGUAAGAAACCUUAUGAAUGUAAAAUAUGUGGAAAGGCUUUUUGUUGGGGCUAUCAACUUACUCGACAUCAGAUAUUUCAUACUGGUGAGAAACCCUAUGAAUGUAAGGAAUGUGGGAAGGCUUUUAAUUGUGGAUCAAGCCUUAUUCAACAUGAAAGAAUUCAUACUGGUGAGAAACCUUAUGAAUGUAAAGAAUGUGGAAAGGCCUUUAGUCGUGGCUAUCACCUUUCUCAACAUCAGAAAAUCCAUACUGGUGAGAAACCUUUUGAAUGUAAGGAAUGUGGGAAGGCCUUUAGUUGGGGUUCAAGCCUUGUUAAACAUGAGAGAGUUCAUACUGGUGAGAAAUCCCAUGAAUGUAAAGAAUGUGGAAAGACCUUUUGUAGUGGGUAUCAACUUACUCGACAUCAGGUAUUUCAUAGUGGUGAGAAACCCUAUGAAUGUAAGGAAUGUGGGAAGGCUUUUAAUUGUGGAUCAAGCCUUGUUCAACAUGAGAGAAUCCAUACAGGGGAGAAACCUUAUGAAUGUAAAGAAUGUGGGAAGGCUUUUAGUCGUGGCUAUCACCUUACUCAACAUCAGAAAAUCCAUACUGGUGAGAAACCUUUCAAAUGUAAGGAAUGUGGGAAGGCCUUCAGUUGGGGUUCAAGUCUAGUUAAGCAUGAGAGAGUCCAUACUAAUGAGAAGGCUUAUGAAUGUAAAGAUUGUGGGAAGGCCUUUGGUAGUGGCUAUCAACUUAGUGUUCAUCAGAGAUUUCAUACUGGUGAGAAGCUUUAUCAGUGUAAGGAAUUCAGGAAGACCUUUACUCAUGGCUCAAAACUUGUUCAUGAGAGAACUCAUAGUAAUGAUAAGUCCUACAAAUAUAACGAAUGUGGGGAAGCCUUUCUGUGGACAACUUACUCAAAUGAGAAAAUUGAUACCGAUGAAACCUUAUGAUUGACAGUUGUAAAAGAACAUUUUGUGUGUGUGUAUAGACAACUUAAUAAGAACUCUUGAGAAACCUCGUGAAUGUAAGGGAUGUGCAAAAGCCAUUCAUUUCUGUUUAUGGACAAUUAUCUUGCUAUCUAGCAAUUCAUACUAGUGAGAAAUAUUUUGAAUAUAACUAAUAUGAAAAGGCCUUUAGACUUCCAUAUAGUCUUAUUGGAUAUCAGUUUAUACUGAUGUAAAAUCAUUUAAAUGUGAGGAAUGUGUGAAGAUCUUUAUUCAUGAUACGAAGUCUGAUUUACAUCAGAUAAUUGGUAUUUGUUAAAAAGAGUUUAAAUGGGAGGAAUGUGGGAAGGACCUAAACUUAAUUCAGUUCUUGCUGCACAUCAGAGAAUUUAUACUGCUGUGUAAUCUUAUGCACAUAAGGAAUUUGGGAAGACUUAUAGACGUAGUAAAUAUCCUAGAGUACAUAGAGAAUUCAUCCAAAUGAGAAAUCAUUUGAAUUAGAAUUAUAGGAGGCCUUUAGACAAAUGCUACUCAAAUUAUUAUCCAGAGACUGGUGCAGUCAUAAAAUUGUCAUCUGUCAGUCAUGAGAUAAAUGUGGAAAGUGAGUAAAUAUUUGGAACUUUUGUAGCAAUUUGACAUUUCCAUAACAUUCUAUUUUACAAAAUUAUCAGUCCAUAAAUGAUUGAGAAUUGAAAACAAAGUUUGGUCUUUCCCAGAAAUAAUUUGAGAGACAAGACUCACACUUUUCAAGACGUGAGACAAGUCACAAUAUAAUUUAAAUAAGAAAUUCUUUACUUGCACCUCUCUGAUUAGAAUAGCAGAAUAUUUAUACUAUAGCAAGAUUUGGCAAAUGAGGGAGUCCAAAUUUUCUAAUGCCUGCAACAGCAUAAGAUAAUUUAUACCAGAUAUGUUAAAUGUACAGAAGCCUUCCAACACUAUUCAGUCUUUGUUAAACUUCAGUAAAUUCAUCCUAGAGAAUAACUCUGUUAAUGUAACAAAUGUAGGAAAACCCUUAUCCAUGGCAAAUACCAUACUGUCAUCACCAUUUCACCUCCGUACUACCUGUAGGAUGGUGAGCAAAAUGCUUAUCUCCUCUGGACAUGAUGUUUAAAAUGCUGAUGGUAACUAAUAAUGCUGUUACAGAGAUUAGAUGGAUUUAGUAUGCAUCAUAUCCUUGGAAGAGUAUCUGGUAUGUAGCCUAUGCUCAAUACAUAUUAGCUAUUGUUCAUAUUGUCUUUAUUAUUAGUAUUACUACUGGUGAAUUCUUAGGAGAGGCACAACCGUUUUGAGGAAUGAAUUCAGAAAAGCUUCCUAUAACCACUCAUCCAUUUGAAUUUCAGAUAGUUCAUUCUGGAUAAGAUCUAGUACGGCAUAAAGAAUUUGAGGGGAUUUUAAUUCAGAGUUUAUCCCUUAAGCUGAGCUAAAAAAUUGAGACUUGAAAAAACCCAGACUUUUGAAGAGUUUAGGAAAGCUGUUUUACAGAAUGUCACACAUGAGUUUCUUUCCUCAUUGUGAAAUUUGAUAUGGGCCUCUCCUUCACAUUUCUCGUAACAUGAAGUUGGAAAUAGAGGCUUAAACAUUUUUUACCAGAACACUUCAUAGAUGGUGAUGUGUACUUCAUCUUGCAAUACAUCAGAAGCAGAUAGUAUCCAUUUCCCCCACUAUCACCAGUGCCAAGUUUGAUCACUUAUGAUAACUACUGGAGUUGUCCGUUAUAAAGAUCUAUUAUAUACCUAAUAGGAUUGGUCAACCUUGAUCAAUGAUCUUUGGAAAUGUGUGAUCAUAUGGUAUGUAUUUUACUUUUUUUUUUUUGAGACAGGAUCUCUCUCUCUGUCACCAAGGCUGGAGUGCAGUGGUAUGAUUUCGGCUCACUGCAACCUCCACCUCUCGGGUUCAAGUGAUUCUUGUGCCUCAGCCUCCCAAGUAGCUGGGUCCACAGGUGUGCACCACCACACUGGCUAAUUCUUGUAUUUUUAGUAGAGAUGGGGUUUUGCCAUGUUGGUCCAGGCUGAUCUUGAACUCCUGCGCCUGCCUCAGCCUCCCAUAGUGUUGGGAUUACAGGCGUGAGACACCGCGCCUGGCUGUAUUUUACUAUUUGUAAAUCACAAUGCAUCUUAAAAUUGAUGGCUUCUUGUAACCACUUUCAACCAGGUGGCUGUCAUGAUUUAGUGCUAGCAUCAAGGCAGGUUAGUUACGAUGAAAUAGAGUGUGUGUUUAUAUACUCACACAGAAAUCGACCUUUUUAAAAAUUAUUUCUUUUUAAAAAUAAUGUCAGUUCCAUCAGAACUAAUGCAUUGAUAACUAAAUGUCUGUGGUUCCUUGUCAUAAGUCUACACCUGACCUCUGUAUUUUGUGCACACAGGGGAUUCGUAAUAUCACUGUUCAGUCAGUCAUUCACCAUCUAGUGAUCAUCAUUCUACAUGAUUGCACUUUUUCAAAGGCAUAAAAAGCCAACACUUGCACUUUUAAUAAUCAACUGUAACACAAAGCAGAGUACUUUGGAAGUUUUAACAGGAUACAUUAUUGGUAAUUGGCUAUUAUGGCACUCCCUCUGGGUGCCACAUUUGCCUGUUAACCAAGAAAUGUAGACAUGGUGCCUUAUCCCAACAUUUCUGAAAUUAUAUCUCAAGGAAUCACCAGUGCUUACUAGUACUUGACAAUGAAGGAGGAUUUUACAGUUAAAGAAGCUUAUAAAGUAGUAUCUACUAAAUCCCCUCUUAAGGAACAAGCAAAAGCACCUCACCAGCCUAUCAAAAGACUAAAGAGAAGUGAAAAAAGAAAAGACUGCCGGGCGCAGUGGCUCACGCCUGUAAUCCCAGCACUUUGGGAGGCCGAGGCGGGUGGAUCACGAGGUCAGGAGAUCAAGACCAUCCUGGCUAACACGGUGAAACCCCGUCUCUACUAAAAAUAGAAAAAAUUAGCUGGGCGUGGUGGUGGGCGCCUGUGGUCGCAGCUACUCGGGAGGCUGAGGCAGGAAAAUGGCGUGAACCCGGGAGGCAGAGCUUGCAGUGAGCCGAGAUUGAGCCACUGCACUCCAGCCUGGGCGAAAGAGCGAGACUCCGUCUCAAAAAAAUAAAAAUAAAAAAAAAAAGACUAAGGAGUAUUCUAGUGAAGAAAGUGGUUGAACUUUGUUUAAACUGGUGUAUGGCAAACUUCACUGUUGAAAUACUGAUUCCCAUGACCUAUUAUCUUUGUAGGUGGGUGAAAUUGCAUUGGGAAUGGCUGCUAUAACCAAAAGAGAAUUUCAGUCACCAUGUCUGGUUGUUAGCUAUGAUGGAAUGGCAGCAUCAUGCUCUCAGUUAUGAGUGAAAAUCUUUGUUGUAGCUAAGUAGUGGUGCCUCCUGAGUUUUAUUAAAUGCCAUUUCACUAUC